AUACUAUCAAGGAAGACGUAGAUUCUUGACUUCGAAAACUUGACGAUCUUACAGGGUUGUUUUGUUCUUUGCAGGGGAUUGAAACCAACCAUGGCACCACACGCACAAGACCCGGUCGGUGUUUCUGCAAAUGGACACUCUGAGGCUGUGAAUAAUGGAGAAGCGCCACUGGAACCGGGUGUGAAGAAGACGAUUGCGCAGGGGAAGAUGAUGGAGUUUCCGAGGCCUCCGAAAUUCGAAGACAAAUACAAGGAAAGGGAAUAUUUGAAGGGCAGAUUGGCGGCAGCCUUCAGGAUUUUUGGGAAAUAUGGGUUUGAUGAGGGUGUCGCUGGACAUAUUACGCUGAGGGAUCCUGUUGAUCCCAACUGCUUCUGGGUCAACCCCUUCGGCGUCGCAUUCUCCAUGAUCAACAAAUCCGACCUCAUCCUCGUGAACCAUUCCGGCCAAGUCAUCGACGGAGGCGAGGUCCGACUCCUCAACACAGCAGCCUACAUGAUCCAUUCCGCGAUCCACGCUGCACGUCCAGAUGUCAACUGCGCCGCACAUUCUCACUCCAUCUACGGCCGAACAUGGUGCUCUUUGGGUCGAAAGCUCGAUACUUUGACCCAAGAUUCUUGUGCUUUCCACAACGAUCAUGUGGUUUAUGAUUCGUUUAACGGUGUUGUUUUGGCGCAGAAGGAGGGGAAAGAUAUUGCGAAUUGUCUCGGGGAUAAGAAGGCGGCGUUGUUGCAGAAUCAUGGACUUUUGACUGUGGGCCAGACGAUUGAGGAGACGAUCUUUUGGUUUGUGAGUUUGGAGAAGUGUUGUCAGUCCCAGUUGAUGGCCGAGGCUGCUGCUGGGAGUCGCGGUGAGAAGCCGAUUGCUAUCGGUGAGGAGGAGGCACAGUAUACCUAUAGGAGUGUUGGAACGAGUCGAGCGGGUUGGUUCUCUGCCAAGCCACUGUUUGAUGUCGUGCAUAAGGAGACGAAUGGGGAUUAUUUGCAGUAAAUCUGCACAGAUAGAUGAUGAAGCAUAUGGCGCUACGAAUGAUGAAUCAAUCUCCGGGG